UGGGUCAGUUGACAGAUUCCACUUCCGGGAGUUUAAAAAACAGACAGUUUAAAUUGCCGUGGCACCGUUUUGUUGCUUGUUUGUGCUAGCUAGGGUCUGUUAGUUUUCUUUGAAGUCCAACUUUUCCUUUUAAACUUGUCUAACUAUGUCAAUAUUUACAUUUCUCCUUAAACUGCUUUUUUGUUUUUAACGCUAACGGUUUUAUGCAUUUUAGCUAGCUAACGUUACUGUUACUGUCCAGCAUUAACUCAGGUUGUAAACAUGUCUAGUAUUGUUUACAACACAGGAGAAAACAAGGAUAUUCUAUUCUCCUCUCAAUUGAUAUUGAAUAAGAUGAAAUCUAGACGCACCCAAAAGUAUACAAAACCCCGUUUACAAGACCCUAAACUCGCUGAUAAGGGGCACAAGUCAGCUUCGAAGAGCUAUGCCAAACCACCAUGUGAAUCUUAUCCUGCCCAAAACAAGCCUUUCACUGGGAAACUAUUCUACUUAGAUUUGCCAUCAAAUAGAAGAGCAGAGACAUUAGAGAACGACAUCAAAAGGUUGGGAGGGACGGUGGAGAAGUUCUUCAGCAAGGAGAUCAAGUACCUGGUGUCUAAUAAGAGAGAGGCCAGGUAUGUGCAGUGUCAGGGCCGCAACACACUUGUCCCCAGCCCUGACUCUGGGCACAGCUCCCCCCACCCUCGCCCCUGUCCUGGCAGCCGCAGAGACAGCCUCAAAGGAAGCUCCCAGGGCCAGGCAGACAUGGUGGUCAUAAGCAGGGGCAAGUCUUUGGUGGAGAGAGUUGUAAAAGAGCAGGUGAGGAUACAGGUCAACGAGAUCCUGUCCAAUGCGCUGGAGUGGGGAGUGAAAAUCCUGUACAUUGAUGAUAUAAUAGCUUAUAUCGAAAAGAAGAAAAGGAAUGUUAAGUAUACUGCUGAAAAGCCAACCGCAACCACAGCUGCUGUCAAGAAAAGUGCCAAAGCAGAACCUACAGGAAAACCAGCUUUCCAGAAGAAUAAAGGUGGAAGGAUCCGUAAGCCCUUUGUGAAGUUAGAGGACUCCAGCAGACAUUACCGUCCAAUUUAUCUGGCCAUGCCGAACAUGCCAGAGUUUAACCUGACGUCAGCUCCCCCCUGCAGUCCAUUCUAUGUAGAGGACCAGGAACACCCUGGGAAGAGACCUAAAGAGCACGGGAACCGAGGGGAGAGAGUGUCAGCCAGUGAGGAGAGGGGGCAGGACCGGACCAGGAGGAACAGAGAUAAGAAACGUGGAGGCUACUGCGAGUGCUGCACGCUCAAAUACAACAACAUCAAAGCUCACCUGCAGAGUGAGCAGCACAAGGCCUUCUCCAGGAGUGAUGAGUACCUGGUGGUGGAUAGGCUCGUCUCCACACUGCCCUUCAACUUCAGACAUGUCAAAACAACACAAACACCAACCAGAAGGCCAAAGUACAGCAUAUCCUCCCUGUUGUGUGUUCCUGGACCCAGUAUACAGAUGGAGGAGGAGAAGAAGGAGGAGGGAGGUGUGGAUACCAGAGAGCUGAAGGAGGAACUAAUGUCCCUCUGGUCUACUACAGUGGAGACCCCUCUCUCCAAUAGUGUGGAAAACCCCUUGGAACAGCCUCAGAAGCGCAGCAGAGUAGCCCCUGUUCCCCACAGCAUCAGCGAGGGGGAGAAGAGGUGCUCUAACGUCCCAGACAGACCCCAGCCCAAACACAGAUCCCUGUCCUGCAAACGACGCUGCCGGCAGGGAUCCUUGCGCACGCACACCCAGAGGGCUGGGCUGAGUCCGACACCUGUGUCUAAUGCAGAGAGAGAUCCUUCUACCCAUGACUCUGACACCAACCCCAGACUCUCCCAACAGGGCCAGAGAUCUAACACAGACAAAGAUGGCCGCUCUUCAUUUAAGCACACAGAGGAUUUAAAGUGUGGCGAUCCAGCUGGAUGUGUGAAGGUCCCUUCCAGUCAGCACGAGGUGGCAGGGCCUUCAGAACACCACAACCUUAGAGCUUUCGUGGAGUGUGAACUGGGUCACAAUACGUUGGCUGGGGAUACUCUUCCCGGGAAUACUGGGGGUGUUCCAGAGCUUGAGGCAGGUGACACGCAGACACACAACCUUCCUCCUGCCAGGACGUUACAGAGGAGGGUCAGGGAUUACAGACGGAAGAGAAGGAAAGUUGAGAAGCAGCAGACUGCUCAGGAGCAGGGAAAACUGACCGACGUUCCCAGCAGCUCUCUGCUGAACCUCUUACAGCUGUUCCACUCCAGUGAGGACAUGGAGUGGGAGUUCAGAGGCUUCCCCAGCUGUUCCACUCCAGUGAGGACAUGGAGUGGGAGUUCAGAGGCUUCCCCAGCUGUUCCACUCCAGUGAGGACAUGGAGUGGGAGUUCAGAGGCUUCCCCAGCUGUUCCACUCCAGUGAGGACAUGGAGUGGGAGUUCAGAGGCUUCCCCAGCUGUUCCACUCCAGUGAGGACAUGGAGUGGGAGUUCAGAGGCUUCCCCAGCUGUUCCACUCCAGUGAGGACAUGGAGUGGGAGUUCAGAGGCUUCCCCAGCUGUUCCACUCCAGUGAGGACAUGGAGUGGGAGUUCAGAGGCUUCCCCAGCUGUUCCACUCCAGUGAGGACAUGGAGUGGGAGUUCCAGGCCUUCCACAGCUAGAGAGGAGAGCAGGGGGUGGGUUUAGGGUGACCCAGAAUCUUCCCAAUUUGAGCACUACCCUCUUACGGACUCAUUGUGUGAACUUAUUGUAUGACAAUUUCUUGGAGUGCCAUAGCAGAUCUAUAUGGGAGGCCAUUGACUGUGGCUCUUUUAAACCUAUGACUUCUAUAAAGGGAAUAGUUCCCUUCAGGUUGGGAGGGUGGUGGCGCAACACUGUUGUGUUGAUUUAACUAUGGCAGCUUUUAUUCUACUAGGCCUCUUUACCAUGACUGGUUUUAUCUGAAGAACAGGCUGGAGCACUAUCCUCAGUCCUGUACAACGCCUGCAUGUGUUCUGGUGUCGAGAGGAACUGCAUGGUUGUGUUUUUGGUAUGUGGUAUUGUAAAACAUAUUUGUAAUUACAACAAAAAAAAGGGAUACAACCAAAGGUCUUCUAUUGAAUAGCCAUUACGUUUCUGUAUGUAUUGUACAGAUGAAAAAAGUAUCUACGUGACAUCUGUGUUUGAUAAAUGAAAGACUACCUAAA